AUGGGGGAGCAAGCGGCGGUUGCCCGUCGCAUCACGCACGUCAUCUUCGACAUGGACGGCCUCAUUCUCGACACUGAGGGUCUGUACACGGUGGCCCAGCAGCGCAUUCUGUCGCGGUUCAACCGCGAGUUCACGUGGGCGCUCAAGGUCAAGAUGAUGGGCAAGAAGGCUGCAGAGGCGGCAAAGGUGGUGAUAGAGGAGCUGGGGCUGGAAGGGGAGAUGAGCGCGGAGGAGUUUCUGAGGGAGAGGGAGAAUCUUCUGAGGGAGGAGUUCCCCCACUGCAAGCUGCUGCCAGGAGCGGAGCGGUUGAUUCGGCAUCUGCAUGCGCACAACAUUCCCAUGGCCAUUGGCACCGGCUCCCACAAGAUCCACUUUGGACUCAAGACAACCAACCACACGGCCCUCUUCUCUCUCAUGCGUCACUCUGUGCUCGGGGAUGAUCCCGAGGUUGUCAAUGGCAAGCCUGCUCCGGACGUCUUCAGAGUGGCAGCUGCGAGAUUUGAUCCCCCACCGUCACCAGACAACGUGCUUGUAUUUGAGGAUGCUCCACUGGGCGUUGAUGCUGCCAGGAAUGCUGGAAUGUGA